AUGAAGACGAUUGAAUGCGAAAAUAAUGAUUAUUUUUCAAUCAAUCAAACAAUUGAUUGCAAUUCAUGUAAAAUCAGUGAUAAAAUGCUAAACAAUUGUCAUAUCAUUACUAAAUCUGAUGAUUAUUUCCACUGUUUUUGGCCUAAAUGUCAAUACAAGACAACAAAAAAGAGGAAUUUAACUUUACAUCAAUUAAGUCAUUCAGAAAUAAGACAAUUUAAAUGUGAUUUUAAUAAAUGCAAUAAAAGUUAUAAACAAAAAAUAGAUUUAGUUCGCCAUCACAAUAGCAUUCAUUUAAAUAUGAGAUUUAUUUGUGAUUUCAAUGAAUGUAACAAAAAGUUUGCAUAUAAAUCGGAUUUAUUUCGACACAAAAGUUGUGUUCAUUUGAAUAAAAAGAAAUUCAAAUGUAAUGAAGAAAAUUGUGUCAAAAAAUUCAAACAAUUAUCACAUCUAUUACGGCACAAACGCAUACAUUCGGGAGAAAAACCAUUUUGGCAAUUGGUAUGGAGUGACGAGUUUGACGGCCAGUAUCUCAACAAAACCCUAUGGAAAGUGGAGGACGAGUGGAAUCGGGGACAAUGCGAACGUGCAAAAGAACUAAACCUACUGAACUGUUACGCCGAUCAGCGCCGGAACCUACAGAUAAUCAACGGCACACUUGUUAUAACGCCGGCCCGCGAGUGGUCAACGUAUAGCCAAAAGGCAUUCAAAGCGUACACAUCGGCGAUCAUAACGAGUCGCGCCAACUGGACGUACGGGCGUUUUGAGGUGCGCGCGUCAUUGCCCCAGGGCAAAAUGCUCAGACCUGCCAUCUACAUGGAGUCUGUGAACGGAAGUUUGCCCUGGGCCACAAACGGGUUUAUCGAGCUGGUAACCAAUCGCCAGGAGCUGUUAACCGUGGGCAAUCACCAGGAGCAGUUAAUAGUGGGCGGCGCAUAUUAUAACGAAACCAAUACGACCGUCCGGUACAGCGCCAACAACUGGAAGUACCCGAUCGGCGGGAACGGCACCCGAAGUUUGGCCGACUUUCACACCUAUACGCUGGAGUGGACCCCGAGUUGGAUGCGCUGGUACUUUGACCGCCAGAAUCGGGGCAUUAACUUCAAUAUUGGCGGCCGUUUGAGCGCGCGGUAUGAGAGGCCGGGCCAGCCGUUUGACCGGCCCUUUAGGCUAUGUUCGGCCAUUAUUGUGGACUACGUACGGGUGUACCGGUGGGUACCCCCGGAGGGUAGCGAUCAUACAUUGGCAACGCUAUUGCCUGAAGAGUCACACGUAAACAACGUUACGGAUAGUACACCACAGUCUGUAGAGUCACACGUAAACAACAUUACAGAGAGUACAUCACAGUCCGGAGAGUCAUACGUAAACAACGUUACGGUAAUAAAGGCACUGCCGGCCGAUCGGCUAUACAGUGGCGAAAUAUGCGAGGCUGCGAUGGCGUACGUAUUGAAGACCGAAACCAGAGCGCCGGUUACCGGUGCCCUAACCUACGUCUACCUAAUUGCUAUACUCCGCUUGAAAGCCAAGAUUAAGGCCGAGCGUAAUGGCGAUGAUAAUUGUGGUGAUGGUAAAUUGACCGAGAUUACUUUAAAUGAUAACACUGUCAAUUAUUGCGCUAAUGUUAGUGAUGAUACUGGUGUUGGUAAUGAGCGCAAUCGUGGUAGUAAAGGCCAUGGCAAUCUAACUCGUCAUAUUAAUAAUGGCCAUUUAAAUGUGAGAUUUAUUUGUGAUUUCAAAUCUGAUGAUUAUUUUUUCUGUUUUUGGCCUAAAUGUCAAUACAAGACAUUAAGAAAAGAUUGUUUAACUCAACACCAAUUAAUUCAUUCAGAAAUAAAACAAUUUAAAUGUGAUUUUAAUAAUUGUAAUAAAAGUUUUAAAACACUAUCAAACUUAAAUCAGCACAAAAAUGUCAUUCAUUUAAAUGUGAGAUUUAUUUGUGAUUUCAAUGAAUGCCACAAAAGUUUUACAACAAAAGAAGAUUUAUUUCGACACAAAAGUUGCGUUCAUUUGAAUGAAAAGACAUUCAAAUGUAAUGAAGAAAAAUGUGACAAAAAAUUUGGAUACAAAUCACAUUUAAUUCGACACAAACGCAUUCAUUCGGGAGAAAAACCAUUUGUUUGUCAUUUCAAUAAUUGUAACAAAAGUUUUGGUCGAAAUGAUAAAUUAAAAGUUCAUAUGAAAAGCCAUAUAAAUAUUAAAACAUAA